UUCAUAUUACAGUGAAAAAGGAGUCGGUGCUGCUUUGUGGAGUUUAUGGAGGCUGCAGCCACAGAAAAUGAAGAUCUCCUCUGUGGUCUUCGCUCUGAUGACUCCAGCUCUCUUCACUGAUUUGUGUUGGGCCAUCAAUGUCACCAUCACACCUUCCCCAUUCAUGGUUGCUCAGGAGGGUCAAAAUAUCACGCUCACCUGUGUCGUGUCCCAGCGGCGCCGCAACAGUGCCUUACCAGUUGUGAAAUGGACCUUCCUACCACAUGGAACAGCUCGGCUGGAAGAUGAAGUCCUCCUGGCCCGUGUCAACAUGAGGAAAGCCCGUUUCUAUGGGAACUACACCAAGAGUUUCCCAUGGCCAAAAAUAAAGCUGAUGGUGGUGAAGCAGGGGAAGAUAUUUGACUUAUUGAUCCUGAAUGUAUCUGAGGGGGACCGGGGUCUCUAUAUGUGCCGAGUACAGGAGUUUAAAAAACAGCAGGAGCACUGGAAAGCCUCGUCCAACUGCACCGCCGCUACGGAGCUCAGAGUUCACAUCCAACCAGCCAGCAAGGCCAAGGAAAGCCUGUGGAGCCUGUUUGAAGAUGUGUACCUGUGUGCUGUCCUCAUCUGUUCAGUGGGUCUGCUGUGCAUGAGCAUGUUCACGGUGACGGUAACCUGCCAGUACACUCAGAAAAAGCAGAGGCUAAAAGAUAAUUACCACUUGGUCAAAAGCACUCAGAUCAGUUCAGGAGAAACUGUCACUAGCGUGGUCAGCAUGUCUUCUGCCCUGCCCAAGAAGGAGAGGAGGUACAGGAAGAAAAGGAGCAGAGACAACCAGGAGGAGAUGCCACCCGAGAUACCAGCAAAAGCUCCCAUCGGAGACAAAACACGGAAACCAAAACUUUUAAAACCACAACCAAGGAAAAUCAUGCUGCCAAAAAUCGUGGAGGAAAAUCUGACCUACGCAGAGUUGGAUCUGGUGAAGCCACUACCUGACGCAAAGGCAUCACGCACCGGUACCGUCUAUGCUCAGAUCAUUUUUGAGGAGCAGCAGCUUUGAGAGAAACCUUUACACCACUAAUAACUGUACCUUAUGU